AUGGGUGAGAGAGCCACCCAAGGAGGGGCGGAGGGGGGCGGAGAAGAGGGGAGGCGGCGCCCAAGUUGUCCGGCCAAGCGCACCGCGGACUCCGCACCCUCUCCUCCGCCGUGCGUAAAGCUCAAUGUUCCCUCACCUUGUUGUUGUUUUUUUUUUUUUUUUCUUUCAACCCCCCGGAGGAACGUCCCCGGGAGCCGAUGCAUCCAUGAAUCUUACCGGGGAACCGAGCGUUGUCCUCCUGCUGGCGCUCCUGCUCGCAGCGCAAGGUUGUUUUGCGUCCAAGCAGAGGACCGAUUAUUCCGCAAGUUAUUCCGAAGGUACAACCAGUUCAUCCGACCAGUGGAGAAUGUGUCUGAUCCCGUCACCGUGGAAUUUGAGGUGUCCAUAUCUCAACUGGUCAAAGUGGAUGAGGUGAAUCAAAUCAUGGAAACUAAUCUGUGGCUGAGACAUGUGUGGAACGACUACAAGCUGCGAUGGGCCCCCGUGGAAUAUGAUGGAAUCGAGUUCAUCCGAGUUCCAUCCAAUAAGAUUUGGAGGCCUGACAUCGUUUUGUACAAUAGUGCCGUGGGGGACUUUCUAGUGGAGGACAAGACCAAGGCUCUGCUGAAGUUCGAUGGCACCAUCACUUGGGUUCCUCCGGCUAUUUUCAAGUCCUCCUGCCCCAUGGACAUCACCUACUUCCCCUUUGACUACCAGAACUGCUCCAUGAAGUUCGGCUUGACCUACGACAAGGCCCAAGGGGUGGCCAUUACGUGGAAGGUGAACCUGAAGGACUUCUGGGAAAGUGGCGAGUGGGAGAUCAUCGACGCUCCCGGUUACAAACACGACAUCAAGUACAACUGCUGCGAGGAGAUCUACCCGGACAUCACCUACUCCUUCUACAUCCGCCGCCUGCCGCUCUUCUACACCAUCAACCUCAUCAUCCCCUGCCUCCUCAUCUCCUUCCUCACCGUCUUGGUCUUCUACCUGCCGUCCGACUGCGGCGAGAAGGUCACCCUCUGCAUCUCCGUCCUGCUCUCCCUCACCGUCUUCCUCCUGGUCAUCACGGAGACCAUCCCCUCCACGUCGCUCGUCAUCCCGCUGAUCGGCGAGUACCUCCUCUUCACCAUGAUCUUCGUCACGCUCAGCAUCGUCAUCACCGUCUUCGUGCUGAACGUGCACUACCGCACUCCCAUGACUCACACCAUGCCCGAGUGGGUGCGCUCUGUGUUCCUCGGGGUGCUGCCCAGGGUGAUGCUGAUGAGGCGGCCCAUCGACCAAGGCGGCGCGUCCGCCGCCAGCAUCGCAGUCGGCACGGGCGGAGGCAGCGGCGGCGGGAACAAGAAGAGAAAGAACAGCGUCGGAAGCGGGUCGGGAAGCGUGAGCAUCGGAGGUAUCACAGGAGGCGUUCCGUGCCCGUCGCUAGAUGGCGGCGCCGGGGCCUCCUCGGCGGGCGGCUCCAUGAACUGUAUCGAGUACGGCGAGAUGAACCGCGACGUUAAGCGGGAGAUGAACAGAAGGUGUCCCUACAGAGGCAAGGAGGUUCCCACACCCGUCCCUCCCGCCUCAUCUCAGGGCGCCCAGCAAAGGCCUCCCGAGUCGGAGUUGCCAAAACUCCCGAGGUCUUUAAAUGCACCCUCCCCGGUGAACGCUGUCGUGGCGUUCUCCGUGGUUUCACCUGAGAUCAAGCAGGCCAUCGAGAGCGUGAAGUACAUCGCAGAGAACAUGAGGACGCGCAAUAAAGCCAAAGAGGUGGAGGACGACUGGAAGUACGUGGCCAUGGUCAUCGACAGGAUCUUCCUGUGGGUCUUUGUGACGGUGUGUGUGCUGGGAACACUGGGACUCUUCCUUCAGCCGCUCAUCAGCUUUUUCAAAUGAAAUACGCACUUUCUGCUCCUCCUUCUCUCUUUCCGUCUGAAACUCCAGCGGGGGGACCAUCACCCCUGCAGCUUUCACGUCACAAACUGGACUGACGCCUUUUGUUCUUCUUCUACUCCUUGCCCUGCGCUACUUGUCAGUCAGCACUCUUCGCCGCCGCCUCUCCACUUGACUUACCCAGAAUCUAAAUGUUUAGGGAAUUACAUCCGUGCUGCUUUUCUCUCUAUUUGGCCCCGACACGCCACAAGGUGACUUUCACUCUUUUGCCCGCUGUCCUCUUAGUUUCUUCUGCAAACACCUUCAUCCUCCAGUAGAAGUUUGAUCAUGUCCACAAGCGGUGUGUUCCCAGCAGGCACCAGACAUUGAAACAACGUUGACAACGUCUUGAAUUAGGUUAAUGACGUUGGGCAACUCAAACAUAACAUUGAAACAACGUGCUUUUUGACGACCUUCAAUCAAUGUUGGGUUCUGAAGUUGUUUUGACCAUUGAAAUUUGGUCACUUCUUAACCAAUAUUCUACAACACAAAUACAACGUUGACACAACGUACUUUUUGACAGCCUUUCAUCAAUGUUGGGUUCUGACAUUGAUUUGACCAUUGAAUUUUGGUCAUUCUGUAACACAAAUACAAUGUUGAAACAACAUGCUUUUUAACGACGUUUGACCGUUGAAUUUUGGUCAUUUCCCAACCAAUAUUCUACAACACAAAUACAAUGUUGAAACAACGUACUUUUUAACAGCUUUUUGUCAAUGUUGGGUUCUGACAUUGAUUUGACCAUUGAAUUUUGGUCAUUCUACAACACAAACACAACGUUGAAAAAACACGCUUUUUGACGACAUUUGACCAUUGAAUUUUGGGCAUUUCCCAACCAAUAUUCAACGACACAAAUACAAGUUGAAACAACAUGCUUUUUGACGACGUUUGACCACUGAAAUUUGGUCAUUUCCAAACCAACAUUCAACAACACGAAUACAUCAUUGAAACAACAUGCUUUUUGACAACCUUUAAUCAAUUUUGGGUUCUGACAUUGAUUUGACCAUUGUAUUUGGUCAUUCUAUAACACAAAUACAACGUUGAAACAACAUGCUUUUUAACGACAUUUGACCAUUGAAUUUUGGUCAUUCUAUAACACAAAUACAACGUUGAAACAACAUGCUUUUUAACGACGUUUGACCAUUGAAUUUUGGUCAUUUCCCAACCAAUAUUCUACGACACAAAUACAACGUUGAAAAAACAUGCUUUUUGACGACGUUUGACCAUUGAAAUUUGUUCAUUUCCAAACCAAUAUUCAACAACACAAAUACAACGUUGAAACAUGCUUUUUGACAACGUUUAAUCAAUGUUGGGUUCUGAAAUUGAUUUGACCAUUGAAUUUUGGUCAUUCUAUAACACAAAUACAACGUUGAAACAACAUGCUUUGUAACGACGUUUGGCCAUUGAAUUUUGGUCAUUCUAUAACACAAAUACAACGUUGAAACAACAUGCUUUUUAACGACGUUCGACCAUUGAAUUUUGCUCAUUUCCCAACCAAUAUUCAACGACACAAAUACAACGUUGAAACAACAUAGUUUUUGACAACCUUUAAUCAAUGUUGGGUUCUGAUCUUGAUUUGACCUUUGAAUUUUGGUCAUUCUAUAACACAAAUACAACAUUGAAACAACAUGCUUUUUAACGACGUUUGACUGUUGAAUUUUGGUCAUUUCCCAACCAAUAUUCUACAACACAAAUACAAGUUGAAACAACAUGCUUUUUGACGACAUUUGACCAUUGAAACUUGGUCAUUUCCAAACCAAUAUUCAACAACACAAAUACAACAUUGAAACAACAUGCUUUUUGACAACCUUUAAUCAAUGUUGGGUACUGAAAUUAAUUUGACCAUUGAAUUUUGGUCAUUCUAUAACACAAAUACAACGUUGAAACAACAUGCUUUUUAACGACGUUUGACCAUUGAAUUUUGGUCAUUUCCCAACCAAUAUUCUACGACACAAAUACAACAUUGAAAAAUGAUACUUUUUGAAAGUUUUUUAUCAAUGUUGGUUUCUGACAUUGAUUUGACCAUUGAAUUUUGGUCAUUCUAUAACACAAUUACAACGAACAUUGAAACAACAUGCUUUUUAACAACGUUUGACCAUUGAAAUUUGGUCAUUUCCCAACCAAUAUUCCACAACACAAAUACAACGUUGAAACAACGUACUUUUUAACGGCUUUUUGUCAAUGUUGGGUUCUGACAUUGAUUUGACCAUUGAAUUUGGGUCAUUCUAUAACACAAAUACAACGUUGAAACAACAUGCUUUUUAACGACGUUUGACGAUUGAAUUUUGGUCAUUUCCCAACCAAUAUUCUACGACACAAAUACAACAUUGAAAAAAUAUACUUUUUGAUAGCGUUUUAUCGAUGUUGGGUUCUGACAUUAAUUUGACCAUUGAAUUUUGGUCAUUCUAUAACACAAAUACAACGUUGAAACAACAUGCUUUUUGACGACGUUUGACCAUUGAAUUUUGGGCAUUUCCCAACCAAUAUUCAACGACACAAAUACAAGUUGAAACAACAUGUUUUUUGACGUUGGUUUGACCAUUGAAAUUUGUUCAUUUCCAAACCAAUAUUCAACAACACAAAUACAACGUUGAAACAUGCUUUUUGACAACCUUUAAUUAAUGUUGGGUUCUGAAAUUGAUUUGACCAUUGAAUUUUGGUCAUUCUAUAACACAAAUACAACGUUGAAACAACAUGCUUUUUGACGACGUUUGACCAUUGAAUUUUGGGCAUUUCCCAACCAAUAUUCAACGACACAAAUACAAGUUGAAACAACAUGUUUUUUGACAAUGUUUGACCAUUGAAAUUUGUUCAUUUCCAAACCAAUAUUCAACAACACAAAUACAACGUUGAAACAACAUGCUUUUUGACAACCUUUAAUGAAUGUUGGGUUCUGAAAUUGAUUUGACCAUUGAAUUUUGGUCAUUCUAUUUAACACAAAUACAACGUUGAAACAUGCUUUAUAACGACAUUUGACCAUUGAAUUUUGGUCAUUCUAUAACACAAAUACAACGUUGAAACAACAUGCUUUUUAACGACGUUUGACCAUUGAAUUUUGGUCAUUUCCCAACCAAUAUUCUACGACACAAAUACAACGUUCAAAAAACAUGCUUUUUGAUGACGUUUGACCAUUGAAAUUUGUUCAUUUCCAAACCAAUAUUCAACAACACAAAUACAACGUUGAAACAUG